CUUUCUUUAUCCGAAGUACGGCUCAAUCUGAGGGAAAGUCAGUACAUACUCAGGGAAAACCGACAUAAAUGUUGAUUACUCUUGUGUGAUCUUCAGUCUCGUAAGUGAAAUGGUACGGCUGCUUCAUCGUGCUCGAAUGUUGCAUAAAACGCUCUCCUUACAUUUUGUGCCUCGUAUCUUGACUUCGGUAUCUCUUCAGCCUACCACAAGUACUCUCGUUCAGGGCCAUCAGCAGCGGCAUAUCUUUGGAGCAUUUCGUCGAACGCCUUGCAACCAACGUUCUCGUGUUCCUCAAAAUGGCAACUUUUGUACCCAACAAAAUUUACAGGAUUACGAAAUCAUCAACUUUGAAGAUUACGUAAAGAGAUUAACCGAAAAUUUCCAAGUUGAUGUUAGUGGAGUCACUGGGGUACUCGAACAGGCCAAGGGUUGUGCUUCCGGAGAUGAAGCCAUUGCAUUACUUGACCAGUGUGCUGUAAAACCAAGCCAAGAUUUGAUCUUUUUGGCGAUUUGGGAUAUGAGAGACCGGUGGCAGUUGGCUUAUUUAUUAUUCAAGUGGGGUGAGAAAUGGGACUGCGUUCCUGAAAAAACGCGGUGCUUGGUGAUAUGGGUUCUGGGCAACCAUAAAAAGUUCAGUACCGCAUGGACUUUGAUCACUGACCUUGCACGCAAGUCUAUUGACGUCCAAGAGGCCGUCCUCAUUAUGAUCGAUAGGUAUGCUGCAGCAAAUUUUCCAGACAAGGCUAUACGGGCAUUUCAGAUAAUGGAAAUUUUUUGUUUGUCCUCUCAUCAGAGAGUGUUCUUUUCAUUCUUGAAUAUUCUUUGUAAACAUGGAUUUAUUGAAGAGGCUGAAGAAUUUAUGCUUGUCAAUAAGAAGCUGUUCCCAUUAGGAAUCGAAGGCUUCAACAUCAUUCUGAAUGGAUGGUGUAACCUUGUGGUUGACAUAUUUGAAGCGAAGAGGGUAUGGCGAGAACUGUCUAAACAAUGUAUCGUGCCUAAUGAAGCUUCUUACACAUACAUGAUUUCCUGUUUCUCUAAAGUAGGAAAUCUAUUUGAUUCUCUGAGAUUUUACGAUGAAAUGAAAAAACGAGGCUGGGUUCCUGGGAAUUCAGUCUACAAUUCUUUGGUAUAUAUACUAACCCGUGAGAAUUGCCUAAAAGAAGCUUUGAAAAUUGUAGACAAGAUGAAAAACAUGGGUUUGCUUCCUGAUUCUGUCACGUACAACUCAAUCAUAUCUCCUCUAUGUGAAGCGCCCAAGUUGGAAGAAGCAAGAAAGGUAUUGGCUAUGAUGAUAGAGGAUUCUAUAAGUCCAACAUUUGUCACUUAUCAUGCAUUUCUUGGAGCUUCGAGCAUCGAACAAACUUUUGAGCUUCUAAAUGAUAUGAGAAAAUAUGGGCUUGGUCCAAACAAGGAUACAUUUCUGUUAGUACUUGAUAGGUUUUUCAAGCUGAAGGAGCCUGAAAAUGCAUUGAAGAUAUGGGCUGAGAUGAAAUCGUAUAAGGUAAUUAAAUCGUAUAAGGUAAUUCCUGAUUCUGCUCAUUACACUUUAAUGGUUGAAAGGCUCCUGGAGUGUGGAAUGUCAUAUAGGGCUAAAGAGUUAUACUCCGAAAUGAACCCUGAAGAUGAAAACCUGAAGCUUCAGAAGCUUAUAAAGAUGAAGGGACAUAGUAAGAGAAAACAGACAAACCAGAGUUUGACGGCUUCUUCAAUAUCCUGAAGCCACGGGGUUUUAUAUUCAGAGAAAUACUAAGGCCAUUCUUCUGUGAACCAACACUUAGCAUUCUUAUAGGAACUAUGGAGUUGUGCAAAAAAAACAUGUAUGCUAUCACACUCCAAAUAUUAUUUGCAGCUGAUAUAUGUAAUUCAAGAGUUUGUCAAUGGUCAUCUUCU